CUCUCGACCAAUUCGAGCCUCCGUCGUCAAUAGUGCUCCUGCGGCGGCCGUGACAGGGCUACACGAUGCCCAAAAUUCGAUCUAGCCGCCGGGAAGGGAUGAUCGUCGCCAAUGGGGCCCCUAGUGGAAUGCCGGGGAACAAUACUUAUCGCCCAAUAGCCACCAGACUAUCUAAUUUGUGGACGGUGUUGCUUCACUUCUUUGGUUGUCCUGUCCAGCCCAGUCAUUUUGUCCCUCGUGGUCAAUACAUUGUAAUACUGUAUAGAAGGAAGGGAUCAUGAUCCGUGCGGCAGCGUGAUCAAGCACCAGAGGUUCGAGCAUAAAUACUAGAAGUGUCGAUGAUGGCAUGCAUCAUCACUACCUCAUGGUACUACUUUGAAAAGUUG